AUGGUGAAGCUAGCUGAGUAUCCGCGUACGGCUACGUUUUCAUGGUCUCACGAUAGGGUGCCAGUUUUGGCGACUGGUCCUGCAUCUGGAGCCAUUGAUGCUGAUUUUUCAAGUACUUCGACAUUAGAACUAUGGUCGCUAUUGUCUUUUGAUGGGUCUAAACCUAGUGGAUCUGUUGUCGCUGACGGUAAGUUCAACGAUUUGGAUUGGUCGGGCGAUGACAAAAUAAUUGCUGGUGCCUUAGAAAAUGGUGUUGUUGAGUUUUUCGAUCCAAAAGCCUUGAAAUCUGUUGCUAAGAUCCAUAAACAUCAGGGUCCUGUCAAGACAUUGAAGUUCAAUGCCAAACAGAACAAUGUUCUUGUCUCUGGUGGCACUCAAGGUGAAAUCUUUGUUUGGGAUUCAAACAAGAUCGGAUCUUCAGAUUAUUCUCCUUUUUCGGCUGGUAUCAGUAAUACUCCAAUCGAUGAAGUUUCCUCGUUGUCAUGGAACCAAUCGUUGGCACAUGUGUUUGCAUCAGCCAGUUCUUCAGGGUAUGCAUCUGUGUGGGAUUUAAAGGCAAAGAAACAAGUUUUGCAUUUGAACCACAGUUCCUCUACCACUGGUAUUAAGGUCCCAUUGACGGUUGUUGACUGGCAUCCAACCAGCUCUACCAUUAUUGCAACCGCCUCUAGCUCAGAUACAGAACCUCUUGUCCUAACGUGGGAUCUAAGAAAUGCUCAUGUACCAUUGAAAGUGCUAUCACAAGGACAUUCAAAGGGUGUUUUAUCGUUGGAUUGGUGCAAACAAGAUGAAAAUCUAUUGUUAUCCAGUGGUCGUGAUAACACUUCGGUGUUAUGGAAUCCGCAAGAAGGCUCCAUCUUAACUCAGUUCGCUCCACGUGGUAACUGGGUCUUUAAAUCCAAAUUUGCUCCUGAAGCUCCAGAUUUAUUUGCAUCCGCAUCCUUUGAUAGUAAGAUCGUCGUUCAAACGUUGCAAAAUUUGAGCAAUACCUUGGAUGCUCAGGCAAAUGAGAGUAAGCAACAUGCUUCUGAGGAUGAAUUCUGGAACAAUGUAACCUCCAACUCAGUUGAUGACAAACCUAACACUGUCAAGAUCCAAGCCCCAAAAUGGUACGGCAACAAAUCUCCUGCCGCUCAAUGGGCAUUCGGUGGUAAGCUGGUUAGAAUAUCCGAUGAUGGUAAAGGUGUCAGUGUAGUAAAACCUUGUAUUUCUGGACUGGAAAAGAAUCAGCUUUUCGAUGAGUCCUUGAAAUCCAAGGACUUCGUGAAAUUGAUCAAUAAGAGAUUAUCACAAAAGAUCAACGCAACAAACGAAGAUGACUGGAAUUUACUAGAGAAUCUAUCUAUGGAUGGAACUGCACUUUACUUGAAAGAUGCAUUAUCAUUAGAUGAUGCCAAAGAAGACAUCAUCAAAAAGUCAGAAGAAGAUGGUGCUGACUUCUUCAACCAACUAAACGACAAAUUCGUUCCCGAAGGCGCUUUCAAGCUUGAUUUUUCUGAAUCAAUGAAACCACUCACUAACUUUUUGAUCAAAGGUGAUUUGAAAUCUGCUUUAAAUCAGGCUUUAGAGAAGGACUUGUUAUUAGAGGCUUUGGUGAUCGCUAUUACUUCCAAUGAUGCCUUGUUGGCGGAUAAAGCGAAGAACGCCUACUUUUCCAAGCAUUCUGAGCAAUCUGGGUUGGCAAGAACUUUAUUCUCUGUUGCUCAACGCGAUGUUGAAGAUAUUGUUACAAACAUCGAUGUUUCUCAAUGGAAAGAUGCUGUUCAGUUCAUUUUCAACUACACCAAGGAAGAUAUCUCAAAGAAAAAUUCACUUUUAGUAAAAUUAGGUGAUAGAUUACUACACGAGGGAAACAGAAAAGAUGCUAUUUUAUUAUAUUUGAGCGGCCAGUCCUUGGAAAGCAUUGCGUCAAUUUGGCUGAAAGAAUUCCCUGAACUUGAAAAUCAAUUGACGUCUCAAAAGGACACCUUAUACGAGGCCCAUCUGGAAUGUUUAACUGAAUUUGUGGAAAGGUUCACCGUGUUAUCUGACUACCUUGACAAAGGUACUGUUAAAUUAACUAAUCAAACGCUAAUCUCAAAGUUUUUGGAAUUCGUCAAUGUCACAGCUGCCAAUGGCGAUUUCGAGCUUUCAUUAAGAUUUUUGGAAACUUUACCGGACGAUAACGAAGAGGUUAAAAGUGAAAAGCAACGUGUGCUGAUUGCCUCCGGUAAAACAAGUACUACUAGGUCAACAGAAAGGACAGCAAACAGUACCCUACAAUCCAGACAAGGAAGAUACGGUUCAACUUCCGUACCAACUGCCAAUGGUGCGCCUCGUUUAUCAAACUCUGGAAUUCCUCCCCCAAAUCCUUUGGCUGCUCCUCAUCAGCCUCCUGCCUCAACUGCUCCAAAUGUCGUCCCAAGAAAGCCAAGCUUCGUUCCACAGACAACUUCUGCAAUUCCAACACCCAAUCCAUAUGCUCCGGCUGCGGUAAAUCAGCAAAUUCCUCUAUCUGUUGUGGGUUCCAGACCAUCUUACACGCCACCAGUGAACCCAUAUGCACAAACUGCUACAAGUAUCCCACCUAACCCAUAUGCCCCACUACCUGUGGCAGCGCCUGUACCACUUGGCUCUCCAGUCGCUCCGCCACCAAUUUCCGGUGCUAGUGGAUAUUCUGGUCAAACGCCUCAUCUACAUGAUAAACCAAUCGACGGUUGGAAUGAUCUCCCAUCAGUAAGCAAAGAAAAACCAACCCGUGCCAAGGCUGUCAACACAGCUCCAAUUGGCAUGUCAACUCCAUCGUAUGGUACCCCCGAUCUUGCAGCGGUUCCACUUUCGAGAGCAUCUACAAACUCAACGCUCCCACCACCACCGCCUAAUGUGAGAAGAACACCAAAGCUUACUUCCCCACCCGAAGUUGCAUCUCCUCCGCUACCAUUAAAAAAGACGAACUCUUAUGCGCCUACUGUCAGCGCUGUACAAUCUUCUCAAAUGCCACAGCAAAUAUCAAAUCCUUUAAUGCCUCCAGCUUCUCCAAACCCGGCUACAAACGGAAGGUCUUUUGUUCCUCCUGUAAAUCCUUACAGUCCUGCUCCAUCUGCAGUCACGCCCACAGGGAUUGUGCCACCAAAAGCUUUAGUAGCUGCUAUACCAUCUCCGGUACCAGCUCCUAAAGCUGCAGCCGUCCCUCCACCAAGGAAAAUGAAUAGGAAAAGUACUGCCGUUGGUGAUGCAAGCGCAGCAAGCAAUCUUCUAAGCUCAAUUCAGACCAAACCUACCCCUCCAAUUCACAGUCCAGCUAUGGUAGAUCCGGUAGCUGUACAAUACGAUCAAUCUGCAGUGUCACCUACAAAUGUCGAAAUUGCAGCGGAACAGGGUGCUGGUAUCACCGAGAGUGACAGGCCUAUUGUUGAGUUUUUAACUGCAGAGCUACAACGAGUGACACCUUUAAUUCCACAAGAAUACACUAAACAAUUGAAGGACUGUGACAAAAGAAUCAAGAUUUUAAUUAAACAUUUGGAACACCACGACUUGUUAACCCAACCAACGAUUGACAAAUUGCAUCAGAUCGUUGCUUUCUGGAAGGAAGGAAACUACUCUGAGGCGAUGACUAUUCAUCAAGAUUUGUCAGCAAACCAUAGCUCUGAGGCAGGAAACUGGUUGACUGGUAUCAAGAGAUUAAUGAACAUUGCCGAAGCUACCUCUUCUCAAUAG